CGGGAGAGUGUUCAGUAAAGGAGGAGAAAGGAAUGGCUGGGAAAGUGGGAUGGAGCUAUGUCAGGCUGUGGUGGCUGUGGGAGCUAUUCAUUAGAAACUGCUUGUAUGUCAAGGUGGUGGGCUCAGCUUGUAUAGCAUAUUGAAAAAAAUAUGCAAAGCAUGCACCUUUCUGCCUCUUGUGUAGAAGAAAUGUGGUUCCCUGUGUAUUCCUUGCGCAUUCUUUCUAAUUGUUGGUCUUUGGGAGGUAGAUGGGUCCUGGCAAGCAGCCGUACUUGCAGACACUACAAGAAGGAAAUGCUUCCAUCCCCAGAAGGACCCAUCCCACCUGUGUCAGUCACAGAGAUACGACAGUACUUGAGGGCGCAAAAUAUCCCUUUUCAUGAUGGCUACAGUUGUCUUCACGCACCCAGCAUUUUUGUGGAGGAGAAGCAGCAAGUUCGACAUAGCUACAGCCUGUUUAUUGACAAAACCACAGGUCGCUUUGUCUGCACAGCCACACUGGUUGAGGGUAACUGGCAAGACUUCCAGGCCAGUGUUGAGUUAAAACACAAUGGUGUGGCUCUCAGUGAACUACUGAAGACUGAUGAGCAAAAGGAUAAAGCUGGGGAGGAUGCCAACCACAUUUGGGAGAGAGCUUUGCCUCUCUGGGAACUGCUAGAUAAACAGGAGACACAGGAAGCCAAGGCGGCAUUUGGCAUUUCCAUUGUGUCUGAUACCACACUGAAGCGUUUUGGGGUGCGUUAUCUGCGGACAGCUCGGGCCUUGGUCUUCCCAUGGUUCAGCCCCCGGGGCACUAGUCUAAAAGGCUUAAAGCUUCUGGGGAUUGAAUGCAAAGGAGAGAUGGUAUGCCAUGUGGAAAACACUCUGCCCCGGCCAGGAGCUUAUUACAAUCUCUUUGGACUGCCGUUGAUUAGCCGGAGAGAUACAGAAGUGGUCCUGACUGGACGGGAGCUGGAUGCCUUAGCGCUACACCAGGCAACUGGACUACCAACUCUGGCCUUGCCCCGAGGGAUUUCCUGCCUCCCCCCAGCCCUUCUUCCCUACUUGGAACAGUUUAAAAGGAUUACACUUUGGCUGGGGGAGGAUCUCCGAGCUUGGGAGGCUGCCAAGCUCUUUGCCCGCAAACUGAAUCCUAAACGAUGUUCUUUGGUGCGUCCUAGUGACCAGCAACUCCGUCCCCUAGAAGCUUUCUCCCGUGGUUUAAGCCUCACCAAGAUUUUGCGUGCUGCCCUGCCUGCUGGCCAUAAGUCCAUAAUUUCAUUUCGCCAACUGCGUGAAGAGGUGUUUGGAGAGCUGGCCAAUGUGGAACAGGUGGCUGGGGUCAAAUGGGCUCGUUUUCCAGAAAUGAACAAACUCCUGAAGGGCCACCGAAAAGGGGAGCUCACAGUCUUCACAGGCCCAACAGGCAGUGGGAAGACAACUUUCAUCAGUGAAUAUGCCUUGGAUCUCUGUAUGCAGGGGGUGAAUACUUUGUGGGGCAGCUUUGAGAUCAACAAUGUGCGCUUGGCCAAGAUCAUGCUUACCCAGUUUGCCAUGGGACACCUGGAGGUGCAGCUGGAAAACUAUGAUGAGUGGGCAGACAAAUUUGAAGAUCUUUCUGUCUACUUCAUGACUUUCCAUGGGCAUCAGAAUAUCAAGACAGUGAUAGACACCAUGCUGCACGCUGUAUAUAUGUAUGACAUUACCCAUGUGAUCAUUGACAACCUCCAGUUCAUGAUGGGCCAGGAGCAGCUCACUGUGGACAGGCUUGCUGUCCAAGACUACAUUGUGGGUGCCUUCCGGAAAUUUGCCACAGACAAUAACUGUCAUGUGACUCUGGUAAUUCACCCUCGGAAGGAAGAUGAAGAGAGAGAGUUACAGACUGCCUCAAUUUUUGGGUCUGCAAAGGCUAGCCAGGAAGCUGACAAUGUGUUGAUCCUGCAGGACAGGAAACUGGUGACAGGCCCAGGCAAGCGCUACCUGCAGGUUUCCAAGAAUCGCUUUGAUGGGGAUGUAGGAAUCUUUCCUCUGGAGUUCAGCAAAACAUCCCUUACUUUUUCUGCCCCCAUCAAAGGCAAAGCAAAGUUGAAAAAGGUUAAAGCUGAAAAUAGUGUUUCCCCUAAGAAUGCUCCAGCAGGUGGUGGUGGAGGUUCAAAGAAGCAGCGGUCCCAGCCACCCAGUACAGAGACUUCCCUAGAUGGACCUGUCAAACCUUGAAGAAGUGAACUAGAAUAGUAUGCAGGAAGAGAUGGAAGCCAGCAAUAUCACUGCCUGCCACCUGAUUUCAGCAGCAAUAAUCUGUCUCUACUAAGCCAAGAUAGGCUGAUUUUAUGGCCCCUUUGCCAACUGUUUUUCUUUGAAGUCAAGUGCUAACCUAUGCACGAAAUCUGUCAUCAGAUGCAGGAAUAGCUCAGUUACCUCUGUUAUCAAGCAAUAAUCUUGAGAUGAGACUUGGGUCCUUUCCCCCAAGAUAAGAUGGGAGAGAGGGAAUGCACAGGCCUUAGAAAAGAGUUUGCAGGAUAGUCAGGUGGGUAUGAAGAACAGCCUGCAUGUUCUAUUUAGGUUGGCCCUUGCUGCUUCUCCAUUUUCUGCUGUUACACUGGAAAACACCACCAAGAGGAGAAUUAACUUCUGCAUUCUGUGUGUGAUUCUUGCAUUAAUGUGUAAACAGGAUAAGAUUUGCAAGCUGAUGUAAUUAAAGAUCCCAGAUGUCAAUUUGGUCCUUGUUUAGGCACACCUGUAUCACAGUGCCACCAGAAAAGUUAUGACAGGAGCUCGAAGAACAGAGAAAGUUAUUUUAAUUUAAUUUAUUGCAUUUCUAGCCUGUCCUCCCCGCGUGUAGGCUCAGGGCAGGUAACAACAUUAAUAAUAUUAGAAUAACAUAAAUACAAAUCAAUAAUAUAAAACAAGAUACAAAAAUUAAAACCAAAUUCAAGUGGCAAUGUGUGACAUUAAUGCACCUCAUCAGGAAUUCAUUAGGGUAGAGAGGGCAGAUUGCAGAUGUCUCAGCUAAACAGCAAACCAAGGCCAUAGCAGAGAGGCCAGUCAAGAAACCCAACCAAGCCUCAACUACUACCAUAGGCCUGGUGGAACAUCUCCAUCUUACAGGCCCAGCGGAACUGUAAGAAGCCCUGCAGGGCCCUAGUCUUGAUGGAGAAGCAAUCCCACCAGGCCACUGCCAGGGCCAAAAAGGCCCUGGCCCUGGUUGAGGCUAGACAAACCUCCUUGAGACCAGGGACCACCAGAAGAUAUUGGUCGGCCAAAUGAAGGGUGCUCUGGGGAACAUAUGGUGAGAGGCGGUCCCAUAGGUAUGUAGAUCCCAGUCCUAGGGCUUUGAACAUCAUAGUCAAAACCUUAAACUUGACUCAGAAUUCAAUUGGUAACCAGUGCAGCUGGCACAGGACAGGUUGUAUAUGCGUCUGAACUGGUGGCCCAGUGAGGAUGCAUCGUGCUGCGUUCUGGACCAACUGUAAUUUCCAGAUCAGCUCUGUGUAGAGCGAGUUACAGUAGUCUAAUAUAGAGAUGACUGUAGCUUGGAUCACUGUAGCCAGGGUGCUACAGUGAGAUAAGAGGAGGUAUAAGAGGAGGUAUUGAGAGAGAUAAGAGGAGGUAUAAGAAGAGUCAGCAGGGCUUAGUCUUAAAUUGACCAUUGCAGUAGCAGAACUGGAACUGAAUCAGUGAGACUGAAUCAUUAGCACAAUGGAGAUCUCCCUGAAAUGCCUUCCCCUUGAGUCUCUGGCUCAGCUUUUUUACUGAUCUAGCCUAGUAUGAAUUCUAGUGAGGUCCGCCUAAAAGAAAAGCCACAUUUCUUGUGGGUCUAAAGAGGAUUUUGAAAAGCUGCUGUCAAGGGAAAUAAACAAAUCCAAACAACAGAGGCUUCCCUGGAAUAUACACUGAAACUGAGCACUUGUAUAUUUAUCCUUGUAUAAAUAUAGUACUUAAAUUUAUACAAGCAUCUCUUCUAUUCCCUUGGUGGUGGUUUUCCACCCUCAGUUUCAGACAAGGGAAAUAAUGCAGUAUUAUGGGGGAGGGGGAAUAUUUUUGAACCUUUAAUGGUUUGUCAAACUUUUAAGUAAAAAGUUUGAAACAACUACCCCAAGUCCCUUCCCCCAAAUUAUAAGCAUUGCAACUUUAAGAAGACCAUAAAUUGGUCCUGUUCCUGUUUGAGGAGAAUAGUGUUGAUAAAAGAUGCAGCAAAUCUGAGAUUCUGACAAAUCUGUCCAGUGAAGAAAAUGCUGCUGUAUGAAAUCUGCUAUCAGCAAUGUUUGUGAUAAAUAGGUAGGCUGUAAGGCUCUGAAAUGCAUCGCUUCAGCCUCUUCAGUUUUAAUGAGAUGUGGAAUUUUUGUAGGUUGAAAUUUAAAGCCAUUAACAUUGACUGAUUUUUGUGUGACCUUCUACCAGGAAGAGAAACUUUCAUCAUUAACUGUAUUUGGAACAAUUACAUGGGGUGCAGAAAGUAGGGUUACUUGGCAUUUUGUUGAAUGUCUGUUUUAUUAAAUUUAAAAAGCUCCAGGUUUAUAUACCAUGUAUGAAUGUUCCUUAUAUUGUCCACAAGAGGUCAGUCUCUGUUAGAUUUUCACUUGCCUGAAUUUGAAAUGAGAGGUUCACUUGCCAUUGUUUCCUUUGAUUUCCAUGCUUACCCACAGUGCCUCCAUGCCCUGCCAAGCUUUUGAUGUUACUGCAGGGUCCAGGUAACAGAACCUGGAGACUGCAGCAGCCAGUUCAUUAGCAUAUAAGUGACUGCUAGUGCUACCAACUUGGUCAUCCAGCCUAAGGUUUUGGUGAUUUCAGCUGUUCCUGAUAAACACUCACCUGCUCUCCUUUUAUAAAAUUGAUAGAGAAGGAGGUUGCAUAACUUCCCAGGGCAUUCUUUUGUCUUUGGGCUAUAAGACUGUGGUUUAGUGGUAGAGCACAGGCUUUGCGUGUAGAAAGUCCAAAGUUCAAUCCUGGCAUUUCCAGGGCCACAGGUAGCAGCUUUUCAGAAAGACCCCUCUGAACCAGAGAUAUUGGAGACCCUGUGCCAGUUCCAGCAAACAGUGCCAAGCUAAAUGAACAGGUGGUCUUGCCUGGGUAUAAGAUGGCUUCAUAUAUUCAUGCACAAUCCUGAUAAGCACACUAAAGAUCAUGUGUCUUGUUCUGGCAUCAACUGUUUUCUCCCCUUCUUUUCUGUGGCAGCAUUUAAACCUUUAAAAACAAACUGAUACAGCUAAUGAGAGAAGUUUUCUUCUUAUGGUCUCUUGGUUCCUCCUGUAAACAAUGCUUUUCAUUGCUAUUUUCUUCUCCCAAGCAGUUUUGGGAUCACAAAAUCAAGCAGAGUUCAAAUGUGGGUCACACGUAAUCGAGCAAAGUUGAAACACGUCACACACAAUUGCAAUGAGAAUUUUUGAGACACAGCAGCUUCAGAAAGCCCCUUUUGUGUGUAUGUAAAGGCUAAAUCAAGGGUUACUUGAGGGUGAUAAAUUAUGUAAUUGCCAAUGUAAAAAAAGAAGAGCAUUGUAGGUGUUGAAUAGCACCUAAAUGUUGACUGAUGAGAUGGCCACCAGGUAUAGCCCAGGUGGGCUAGAUCAGUGCAUUUUGAAUAGACAUUUCAUCUUUAUGCAUUUGUUUUGUUACCUCUUAGACAUCUCUGGGCUUGCCAUGAAUGGGACAUCGCUUGAUAUGUAUGGAGAAAUUUUAAUUUUUUGGGUCCACAAAACCAUUUGUAAAUUGAAUAGAUUCUCCUGAAGUUUGUCUGCUGAUCUGGUUGCUUCAAUAUCAAGGGAUGUGGUUGUGCAGCUUAACCUCAGCUGAGGUCUAUUGGGGCAAAUACUGGAUGUAUUGUUUAACAUAUUUGGAGUCCAAGGACAGUCUGACAACUUGCUGCUUGACUUUUCUAACUGGAAUCAGAUCAUCUGCUGCAUCUCUGGAAUCACUAGUGGAUCCUUUACACCAGGCCUUACUGUCAUGACGGGGAAAUAAGUUGUGGGGUGCUCUAAGUAUUUGAAGUGGCAUAAAACCACUGUUGUAUACACACUUAUCUGUCUCAGGAGACUAUGUUUGGGGGUGGAACCCAGUCAGAAUGUGAUGGGUGAAGAAGAAACUCUCCCCACACCUUUCUGUGUGAAUUGUUUCCCAUGUUCUCUACUACCAUGCAACAAUUCAUGUAUCUCUGUCAUUCCUUAACAAUUUUAGGGCUUAAAAGUUAUUCACUGGCAGGAGCUGACUGAUCCAAAAAGGAGACUUGAUAGAGGCUGAAAGCAGGUUUGGUGAACAGUCCCAUGUGUUCUGUCUCCGGAAGGAAAAGGGAGGAACCUGGCCAACAUCUUUUAUUAAUUUAGCUGCUGGCAACAUUGGGACAAGAUGAAAAGGACUUGGCCACCAUAUGAUGGGAAUUGGAAGCAAGUUUAGGAAUAAGGGCCUGGAGCUGGCUGAGAGCUUGUGUUCAACUGGGUCUGAGGACCAAGUUUGUGCCGUGGACAGGCCUGUUCCUUUGAACAUAACCUAGUCCCCUGAUUUCAAUUAGCCUGAAACUCUUGUAGCAAGAGAGGUGGGAGUCCAAACCUCAAAUUACAACACUGUAUCCAAACGCCCACCAAACUCCAGGCAUGUUUCAAAACUGAACUCUGAUCUGUGGUUUUACUUGGAACUGAGUUUUGAGCCCAUAGUUGAAACUAUCGGAAGCUGAGCUAUGCCUGGCAGCUAUUUCCAUUGCUGCUGCUAGUUGCUGUUGAAGGGAUGUUUCAAUCAGCAGAAUCUCUCUUCCCAAGAAUCCUGGGUGCUGUGGCCAAAGUGAAUCUUUGCAUUUGUAAGGAAAAGGAAUUCUUUGUACAAAUAAUUUGUAUUUGUGUAAAGCUGUGGCAAAUGCUGCUUAUAUCAGGUAAAAUAGUCUAAUCCCAUCUUCAGCUGAAACUCCUGGGGAAAUGAUCAUUGGAAUGAUGAAUCCUCUAGGCCACAGAAUGUGAUAGUCUCUGUUAUAAAAGUGGGUGAGAGAGGGCAAUAAUGGAGAUUCUUGGACAUCUUCAGGGAGGUGUGGGAAUAUCUCCAGAAACUUGAGGUUUGUUCCCAGUAAGGCUUUAAUUCACCAAAACACAUUGCCUUAGCUACUAUCAGUUUGAUCUGUAAACCUGUUAAACUGGAGUACUAGGAGUAAAGUUGUUUAAAUACCUUCGAUUCCAAAGAGAUUUAAGUAUUCCUGCUAACUUUCUUGUUAAUUAGGUGGUUUGUUUCACUGACAAGGGCAGUACU